AUGGCGAGUGGAGACGGUGCUGAGACUGCCGCUGCCGCUGGUGCUGGGGGAGUGGGAGCAAAGACGAAGAGGGUGGGCAUGCCCUCUCACACGACUCCAACUCGCCUCGAGAUUAGCGUGCUGCCGGGUUUCAUUCAGGCUAUCCUGCUAUCUGCCAAUCGAUAA